UAAUCCUUUCAGCUGCUUGUCCUUUGUCAGAUACUCAGGGAUGAGUUGCAGAGCAGAGCCACGCUACAAGACAUUUCAAUAAACAUGGCCAGCAAUCUCUGGAUUUAUUUUUGCAAUCUGUGACCCUUUUGACAAAUAUGGAUUCAUCAUCAUUUUGGUUUGGCUUUGUCUUCAUGGAAAGAGAAGACAUCCGAUUCAGCUGCUUCUGUCAUCUAAAGGUAACGGAUACCGCUGGUGGCUAAGGACCUUGGAUACCUUUGCAUUAUCCACCCCACUACGUACUGUUGUGAUGGUGUCGGGAUGACAGACCUGUAAGCUUUGCAUUAGGAAAAUGGGAUGUUCACCAUCCAAAGGUAAUAAUUUGGGGACUCUGGGCUCUUUGAGGAGGGGAAGAAUGUUGCCCCCUGUACCUCAAGAACAACCGAGAGCAGUCCAUUUUAUAGAUGGAGCCAAUCAUACUUCUGCUGGAUCUACUGAUGAAGAUACUAAAGCCAGGAAGACAAGUGGACAAAAACAAUUAUGUCAAAAGGAUGAACAUUUGCCACCAGCACAGGUAGAUACAUAUGUGACUGUCCCUUCCCCAGAGGUGUUAAACACCAAUAAAAUGAAGAGUCACAAAAUAGACAACAGCAACAUGAUACAGAAAAAAGAAAAAAAUGGGGACAAGCAGGAAGUAACUGAGAGAAAGGCAGGCAAAAAAACGAAGAGAAAUUCAAGAGGGAUGAAAGUGCUGAAAAAGAAAGAUAAGGAGAUGCAGAAAAUUGAUUUCCCGGAACCUCUGGUAAAAGCUCACCAAGCUGCUUACGCCUUUUUAAAUCCCAGCAUAAACAAAUAUGAUGGUGUACUUGGACUGCUGGAACAAGCAAUGCAAACUCAAGCAUUUCUACAGCCAAUGGUUUCUUUUCUGGCUUUGCGCUAUGAAGAAAUAAUUCAGGUACUGGAAGAAAUUGUUGAUGAAGGAGAAAAAAUGCUUAAAGAAAACGGAGAACAUCUUGCUUGGCCAAGCCAAAUGAAAAACCUCUCAUCUUCUGCACCUCUAAAAUCAGGCUCUGCUAUUGAACCCCCACCGGAUUUGUUGCAGCAGCUGCUUCAAUACACCACACAGAGAAUGCAGAAUGUGAACCAGACUGUUGGAGGAAUUGGGGACUCUGCCCUGGAGGAGGCAGUGGAAUACUUUUCUUCUGUCUCAGAACUUUUAGAGGAGAAAUUGAAAGUCAAACGUGAAGUUGAGACUAGGAUAAUGCGACUCUCAUCUCGCAUUGAAUUGGCAUCUCUUCGCAAACUUGGGCCAGAGGACUCUGCUCUCUUUAGCGAGGACAGUGGUAUUGGGGCUGAGAGUGAAUCCCUUGCUGGAUCGGAAAGGCGGCAUAGGCGUGUGAGUUGUGAAUCUAGUGGAACAAGCAGAACUACUCCGGUUAGUCCAAUGGCAUACUCCUCAAGUACAGGAGUUGCAAGGAAAAAACAUGCGUGUCAAAUAAGUCCAAGUGUUUCCCUUACUUCACUGAACUCAUUAGCUUCUAUGUGCACAAUGAUGGCAAAUGCACAGGGGGAGUCAUUAUUAGGAUCAGUCUCCUUAGAUGAUGGUGAAGAAGAUGAUGAUGGCAAUAAUGUGGUUGGAGACAUUGGAAAUAGACAACAUAGACAACAAAAACCACUUCGCUUACCCUCCAACCGUAUAGAGAAUCCGAAAAAUGUUGAAAUGACUAUCAAAAUGAAAAAUGCUAUAAGUGGUAAAAUACAGUUUCACCAACCAACAAGCACUGGUGCCAAAUCAAAGGUAGCAGGCUGUCCAAAAGCAGUUGGAGGCCAUUUGACUGAUGAGAAGGGACUAUCUCUAAAAAGAUCCCAAACAGUUCGAAGAGCAGUAGUUAAAGCAAACCCAGUGGUGAAAGAGAGACGUUCCCGUUCUGUUGAAUCUCUGCGCAGCAAAGGUGAAGAUCCCACUUUGCUUGAACUGGAAAAGUCUCAGAAAAAUUUAAGUCAGAGGUUGCAGAAAAUAGCCAAAAGCAAAGAAAACAUAAAGGGAACCACAAAGACUACACCAUCUAAACAAAAUCAUAGAAACUCACCAGCAGAGUCUCCAAAAAUAAAUCGUAAGCACCCAUCUUUAGAGAAGGAUGGCAAUCUACGAGACAGGGCAGCACUUACAAAGAGCAUCACCAAAUGCCAGGAAGCUGCCACUAAUAUAGAAAAAGAUGAUAACCAGAAAGAUAAGACAACAUUGAUGGGUCCUGUUAAAGCUAUGCCACCUCCAAGCCCCCCUGUAUCACCAAGACCAUCUUCAAGCCUGUAUAAAGGCAGGAAUUCUGUCAAAAAACUUAUUGAUACUUUCAGUCAAGGAAUAGAAGAAUUGGACAGCCCUGAUAUUCUCGGGCCACUUAGGGGUGUGCGGAAGUGCGGUGUUCCAGUGUUACCAGGUUUAGGAAAUGUCACAGCUUUUCUCAGCAAUGGGAAAACAAGUUGUAGACCUGAUAGAACUCCAUGUGAGAAGACUGAUUAUUUAGAUUUGGAUAGUCUUCCUCCACCCCCACUAGAGGUGUUAAUGGACAAUUCAUUUGAAAGUGCCCAAAGUCUUGCAGCUGGUGUAACCGAUGAUGGAACAAUAAAACCUGUGAAAUCCCAGAUGGUAAAAAGGGCUGGACUGUCACAGCGACUACGAGCCUCAGUUCAAUCUGUACCCGUGCUGCCAAGCAAAGGAGGUGUGCCACAAUGUACAAAGACAAUUUGCCCAGCUAAAGGAGAUCAUCAAGUCACAACAAACCAGACAAACGUCAGUCAACCUGAUGUUCAAGCAGACGUUGACUCAGUAAAGGAAACUAAUUCCACAUUGUUGCUGCAAAUCAGAAAAAACAGAUACCUAAAACACUCCUCAGACGCACAGUUUGGAAAAUCAUUCAAAAAUUCUGAAGUCACAAGUCAAUCUACUAGUCAACAGGACUCAACAAAUGUACAGGCGGAUGACAACUUCUUGAUGCCUGAAGUAAACACAACAGUAUCUGAAGUGCCUCCCUCAUCUGCAGCCGGUCGUCAUUCACUUGCCACUCCACCGCUGUCGAAAGGACGAAUGCUGCCAUCCACGCCUUCUACUUCAAGGACUUCUCAUCGAAGACUUCCUAGUCCCCACAGUUUCAAAAAACCACCAACACCGCCCUCUUCAGCCAGUCCUCCGGUUAACAGAAAACUCACCACUCCACCAGAGGGUCACAAGAGACUUCCUAGCCCGCCCAUUAUGAAGCAGAACAUUUUAAACUCAAAUGUUUCCUCCUCAUACCCUUUUAAAGCACCAUCCCCCCCUGCUUCACCAAAAGUACAAAGGUGGACAAGUGAGAGCAGCACAGAAGACUCUUCUCGGUUGUUCAGUAAUGCACGGUCCGUUUUCUGCCCAAUUUCUCCGUCCUUGUUUGAGGCUCAGCCUUGCACAGCUCCCCAAACGACGCAAGCAUGGGCCUCUGCUGAAGGCUCUUCUCUAUCACGUACUUGUGGGAAUCGUGGCAGGUUUCUCGUGUUCAUCCCAGGACCCCGACCUUUUAUUCAAAGAAGCCAUUCAGAGAGAAGACCAAGUUUAAACCUUCCACCUGAAUCCCCAGGCUUCUUGGUGGCUGAGACGUGUGGAAGUGAGCCAGUAAUAUGCACACAGGGACUAGAUGAUGAACCAACAAGAGAAGAGGAAUCAUGGGGUAGCCAGUCCAACCUCAGAGCAACGCCACGCUCUGCAUCCCACCCCGAUUUGUGUGUUGUUGGACAGGCCUUGUACAGAGACUAAAUGGGCCAAUGACCAGUGGACCAGUGGGAUUAUGGAUUAACGGGUUUUAGAAAGGAUUUAAGGUGUGAUGCUUCACUAGUAAGAGAGGAGUCUUUCUAUUCACCUUGUGGUUUUACAUCACAGCGGCAAUGUUUGUAUGAGAAGAUAUAAGAUGAUGUCCACGUUUGUAUUAAUUGGGAGUUUAUGUUUACAUGCAUUUGUACAUAAUCAUUUAUUUUAAACAAAUGCAAAACAACAAUGUGUUGGCGUAACAUGACCUGUCUGUGUUCUCGAAGAAAACCUUAGCACCAACAGUCAGAUAUCAAAAUACAAUAACUAACUAACAACUAAUAAAACAGCUGUUCAAGAUGUUGUUUUGGGGUAUUGGGCUUUCUCUAAUUGUAGCUGCAAGGUUUUAAAAAAAGGAUAGAAUCAAUGACAAUGUUUGAAUAUUUAAUGGGAGAAUUGCCUCUUUAGAAGAAAACCACUGUUUUGAUGUAUCAACAUACUGUCUAUAUUCAAUUUAUAAUUAAUGGUUCUUUUUAUUUGAUUUUUCUGUUUACCUAAAUUAUUUUUGUACCGUGUA